UCAUGGAUUACAUAUUUCAGACAACCAAGUAACAGUGUCUCAUGGCAACAUGCUAGAAUCUUGAAGGUGAUGGAAAGGAUUAUGAUGUAUGGAAAAUCCAAGUUAGAGUGGUGCUUGAUACAGGUGAAAAUCAGUUUGCAGCUCUGGAAGAGGGAGCAGCAUAUCAAUUGUUUAAAACAAAAAGCCAGCGUUAACAGACUCAGAGAAAUGAAGUUGAAAGGAACAGAUUUAGCUCCAGAAUAGAAGUGAAAAUUCAAUGUAGUUUCCAUUAAAAUGACUUCCCAGUGGUCUCCCCCUGCAGAUGACUUCAGUAUCUACUAUGUCCUCACAGAGUGCACAGAUUACUAUGAUACCCUUCCAGUUAAGGAGGCUGAUGGGAACCAGCCCCAUUUUCAGGGAGUCACUGGCCUGAGGAACUUGGGCAACACAUGCUACAUGAAUGCCAUCUUACAGUGUCUCUGAAGCAUCUCGCCACUGGUAGAAUACUUCCUCUCUGGAAAGUACAUCACUGCUCUUCAAAACGAUUGCAGUGAGGUUGCCAUGGCUUUUGCCUACCUGAUGACAGACAUGUGGCUUGGAGACUCAGACUGUGUCUCAACAGAAAUAUUCCUAUCAGCUCUUGGCAAACUCUACCCAAAAUUUACGAAAAAGACACAACAAGACGGUCAGGAAUUCUUGAUUUAUGUCCUAAAUGAACUUCAUGAAGCUCUAAAAAAGUACCACUAUCCCUGGAGAAGAUCAUAUGAGAAAGGAUCUACUCAGAGAUGCUGCAGGAAGUCAAUUACCACUGAGACAUCCAUCGUCACCCGGCUGUUUGAAGGGCAGCUCAGUUACCGCAUCAUAUGUUUAAAGAGUGAGAAAUGCACCUACAAGAACGAAGUUUUCACUCUCCUGUCACUCCCCAUUCCAUCCGAAUGUGAAUGCUCCCUUCAGGACUAUCUCCAAUGUUUUUAACAGGACACACUAACCUGAAACAACCAAAUUCACUGCUCCUUUUGUGAAACCAAGCAAGAAACUGCCGUGAGGGCCAGUAUUUCCAAAGCACCAAAAAUAAUUGUUUUUCACCUAAAAAGGUUUGACAGUCAGGGUACAAUGAAAAGGAAGCUGAGAACGGAUAUUCAUUACCCACUCACUAAAUUGGACCUCACUCUUUAUAUUUCCCCAAUUUUCUGGAAACAUCCUAAAUACAACCACUGUGCAGUGGUGAACCAUUUUGGUGAUCUAGAUGGUGGCCACAACGCUGCUUUCUGCAAGAAUUCGGUCACACAGGCCUGGUCUAGCUUUGAUGACAUGGUCAGUGAGAUUCCAGGUACUUCCGUUUAAAACGCUACAGCCUAUCUCCUGUUCUAUAGCUGUCAGCCCUUUUCCAUACCGACACAAAAGUGUUAA